CCCGCUUGUAUCUCAUCUCAACGCACAGCAACAAUGGCAGAAAUUUACGGACCAAGCGAGUACGAAUACACCGAGCGUGAUCUCGCUCUCUACGCCCUCGGCGUCGGAGCCACGCGCGAAGACCUCCGAUGGGUUUAUGAGAAUGACGAGAACUUUGCUCCUCUGCCGACGUUCGGUGUCGUGCCGCCCUUUAACACGAUGAUGGAGACGCCAUUUGGUGACUUUUUGCCUGGGUUCAACCCGAUGAUGCUCUUGCACGGUGAGCAGUACCUGGAACUGCACCACCCGGCCCCAACAUCCGGCAAGCUGAUCACAACGGGCAAGAUUGUGGACAUCGUCGACAAGGGCAAAGGCGUCGUUGUCGUCAUGGGCACAACCACGAAGGACGAGGAAGGCAACGUGAUCUACUACAACGAAUUCUCCAACUUCAUUCGUGGCGUCAAAAACGUUGGCAACAAAUCGGGAAAGGACCGUGGACCGGCGACCGCCUCCAACGACCCACCCAACCGUAAACCCGACGCGAUCGUGCAGGAAAAAACCACCGAAAACCAGGCGGCGUUGUACCGUCUCAGUGGUGACACCAACCCCCUCCACAUUGACCCGAACAUGAGCAGCAUCGGCGGGUUCGACGUGCCAAUUCUCCACGGCCUCUGCAGUUUCGGCAUCUCUGCGAAACAUGUCUUGAAGCACUUCGGAGAGUCUGAUGGGUCCAAGGUCAAGAGCAUCAAGGCCAGAUUCUCGAAACACGUCUUCCCCGGCGAGACGCUCCAGACGGAGAUGUGGAAGGAGGGAAACAAGGUCAUCUACCAGGUCCGCGUCCUCGAACGGGACGCUAUCGCCAUUUCGAACGCUGCACUUGUCUUCCACGGUGAUGCGAAUGAUGCAUCAGCAUCCGCUGGCGGUGCUGCUGAAGCGUCUGCCCCGGCUGGCGUUUCUGCUCCCGGGUUCAAAGCCAGCCCCGUCUUCGAGGCGUUGAAGGCUGCCAUCGAGAGCGGAUCUGAAGAGGAGCGUAAAGCUCGGGUUGGCAAGACAAAAGCCCUCUUCCAAUUCAACCUCACCACCAGCCCCAGCUCCGAGCCAACCUCGUGGACAGUCGACCUCAAGAACGGGCUCGGCAGCGUGAACCUCGGGCCCGCCAAGAACCCCGACGCAACCGUCAUCGUUUCCGACGACGACUUUGUGGCGUUGGCGGCUGGCAAGGCGAAUGCGCAGAAGCUGUUCAUGGGUGGGAAGCUGAAGGUUAAGGGCCAGAUGAUGUUGGCUAUGAAACUGGACUCGGUCUUGCAAGAAGCUCGCAAGAAGGCAAAGUUGUAGAUUACCAAAUAAUGCGGCGGAUGGUACACAUAUAGCGUAGGCGUGUAUUUAGGAACGUUGUAUGAGCACGGCUUUGACCGAAACCAGAUGUAGUUUGGGAAAUCUUAUAGAUCCUGUUUUUCGCCUUUUCCUUUCGCCGAUUUUCCCACGACAGUUUCCACGCUAAGUGCUUUGCAGA